GUGAAACACUGCGCCACAGGUUGAUAGAAUAGAUAACUGCUGUGCAUCUUCCUCCUCCUUACACAGGACUGAGUGGUUGUUCGUGGAGCGUAAUCCAGCAGUAGAGUUUCAUCCAGAAUGUCGGCUGCAGCGGACGCCUCUGAAUCCAAACAGACACCUCCUAGUUGUGAUGUCUCCUCACCACCACCACCACCACCACCGUAUACCUACCAAGAACAGCAGCCUCCAGCUUACUCUGCAGCCCCGGCGACCUACGAUCCAUCCAAAACUGACACCACCUGCGCCUAUCAGCCCUCAGGCAGAUAUGAGUCUUUCUGCGACAUAAUUCCAGAAGCCCCAUCCGACACGACUCCACUUAUAUCCUCGUCUUCUUUCGAUGACAGGACAGUGAGGAGAGGGUUCAUCAGGAAGGUUUUCAGCAUCGUGACCCUGCAGCUGCUCUUCACCUUCAGCGUGGUGUGCGUGUUCACCUUCUCCAGCGAGGUCAAAAAGGCCGUGCAGGACAACCUGUGGGUUUACUUCAGCUCCUUCAUCAUCUUCCUGGUGGUCGCCCUCGUCCUCAGCCUCUGCAAGUCCUUCCGCCGCCGGCACCCGUGGAACAUCGUGGGGCUGGUUGUCGUCACCCUGAGUUUGUCGUACAUGGUGGGAACUGUGGCCUCCUUUCACAACACCAUCGCUGUGGUCGUCACUAUGGGAGUGACGCUGGCCAUUUCUGUCGCAAUCAUCGCCUUCUCAGCGCAGACUCGUUAUGAUUUCACGUAUUGCUACGGUUUUAUGUUGAUUCUUGCCGUGGACGUCAUCAUGUUUGGGUUCUUUUGCACCUUCUAUUACUCGUACGUGGCUGAAGUUGCCUACGGAUGUCUGGGAGCUCUGUUCUUCUCAAUGUUCCUGAUGAUCGACUGUCAGCUGUUGAUGGGGACAUUUAGUUACCGUCUGGAUCCUGAGGAAUACAUCAGCGCCGCUCUCACAAUCUACCUCGACAUAGUCCUCAUCUUCCUCUACCUCCUGGGAAGGAGGUGAAACUGUACAAACAUGUAAACACUCCAAAAUGUGAAAGAAAAUGUCCUUUAUUAUCAUUAUGUAUAUAACUGAACUGCAUCAUGCGUUAAGCGACAAAAACUGAAUCAGUGUUUCUGCAGAAUUCUGUCUUUGUUUUAUUUUUACAUUAAUAAAAAAAUAUAA